AUGCUGAAAGAGGACUUUCAAUGCGAGCUGCUAUCGCAAACAAAGGAGGCAACGCCCAUGUCACUGCGCCGGUAUGAGCAUCUGGUCGGCGGAUUUGCUGGUGGGAUUGCGAGUACUGCAGUAUGUCAUCCUAUGGACCUACUUAAAAUCAGAUACUCAGCUGAUGAGGGUAGCAGUAUCCGACCUCGAUACAAAAGCUACUUCGAUGCCACGAGGUGCAUAGUCCGUGCAGAAGGUGUUCGUGGGUUGUAUCAAGGUCUUACGCCCAACAUGGUCGGUGCGGCACUAGCGUGGGGCCUGUACUUACAAUGGUAUCACAAGAUCCAGGAGUGUUUUGGUGUCCUUCCGUUUCAUUCUCCUAACGAGAACCUUGACAACUUCUUCUGCGCUGUUCUUACAGGCAGCUGCGUUAUGUGUAUUACCAAUCCUAUAUGGGUAGUAAAGACGAGGCUCUGCUUGCAGUACGAGACUGCCGCCGCACGAAAAUACUCUGGCAUGGUAGAUUGUCUUGUCAAGCUCUACAAGGGAGAGGGAAUCAGAGGACUUUACAGAGGUCUCAUCCCUGGCCUGAUUGGUACCACUCAGCAGUCUCUCUAUCUGACAAUCUACACUCGUUUGAAAGCUUGGCGUUGCCAAAGGCGAGGUCUUCCCGUGGAUUCGCAGCUAAGUUCGGGAGAUUAUCUGAUUUUUUCGGCUCUAUCAAAAUGUAUCGCGACGACAUUAACCUUCCCUUAUCAGCUGGUUCGAACGCGAAUGCAGGAUCACAAUCUUCCAUCGGGUGGAGUGUGCCGAACGAUCAUAGACACGCUGAAAUUAGAGGGUUUCUAUGGCCUGUACAAGGGAUGUCUCAUGGCCAACAUUCGACAAGUGCCUGCUGCUGUCGUAACUUUUGUCACUUAUGAGAAUGUUCGCAAGUUUGUCAUACAUUAUUCUCAAGCGUAUUGA